UGUCAUUAUCUUCACAUUUAUCAAUUCCGCGUUUCCCAUUUUUAAACUACAUUUUCUAUAACGGGUAUUGUUACAACUAAACAAGGUACCGUUCCUUUUUUCCCGUUUUGAAAUAAGUUUCAUAUUUAUUUCAUUUGAAUUCCGCGAUUGGAUGCAGCCAUAUAUUCAGGAUACAAAUUUAAAGAGCAUAAAAUUUAAAAUAUAUAUAAAUAUAUAUAUAAUUAUUAAAAGUUGAUUUUUAAAAAAUGAGUGCAAAUUCAUCAGGUAAGUAACAUAAAUUUUAAACUGAAAAAAAUAUAACUUAAGGUAUUUAAAUUGAUUGUGUCGGAGCGUCAACGAGCCGAGGUGGCAUAAAGCGAGUGCGUGCAAAUUCAUCAGAUAAGUAAUAUAAGUUUUAAACUGAAAAAAAUAUAACUUAAGGUAUUUAAAUAGAUUGUGUCGGAGCGUCAAACAGCCAAGGUGUUAUAAAGCGAACCAAUGUGCUUAAAGCGGCGGAAGUGAAGUCAAUGUGGAAUAUUGUAAAAAUAUUCCAAACAUUUGACACAAAAGAGAAAUGUAUUUCCUUUGCCGAAGAACAAGGUUUGAUUUUAAAAGCCAAAAUUUGCCGUACGCAUAAAAUGCCAAUGACGCUGUCGUUAAAAAAAAGUAGCAGUGUUGGGGUGUUCCGAUGCCGGAAAGGGGGUUGUCGGAACCGAAGUGCGUUGGCAAGGUCGAGCGAUACCUGGUUCGAAAACGUCAAAAUCCCACUUCCGCAGGUAUUUUAUCUAAUGUAUGCGUAUGCUUCUCAUUGGUCACAUGCGGAAGUGAGGAAAAACAGUUUUAUCAGGGAACCAGUUUUAUCUAGCGCUACAAUAUGUGACUGGUAUAAUUACUGCCGCGAAGCUGUAGUAUUAUACCAUGUUGACCAUCAGGUAGCGGUAGGUAAAAUUGGUGGCCCUGGUAAAACUGUUCAAAUAGACGAAAGCAAAUUACAACAAAGGUAAUAAUAAAAAUAUAAUUUUUUUAUGUAAUUAAUAUAUCCUUUCUUAUUUUAGGGCGGAGAGUCGAGGG